AUGUCGCUGAUAAUUCACGUUCCGUAUAUAAUAACAGGUGGUCGAUCAUACAACUAUGAGGAGACUAGUGAAACUGCCCGGGUCUGGAAAGUAUACCUGGAUGAAGCGGAGAAUUAUGAUGAUGAGAUGUUGCGAGGAUUCAAGGACACGAUUGACUCGCUUUUGGUUUUUGCUGCAUUAUUCUCUGGUGUGGUUACGUCCUUUAUCAUCGCCACUAUUGACUCUCUCCAGCCUGAUUAUCCUGCAAUCACUGCCCUCUUGUUGGUGGAACAGGUUCAGCUCCUUCGAGCCGCUGGUAAUCUCACCACAAUCAACGCUAUCCCCAAAUCCAAUGUGGAUCUUCAAAAUGCUUCGCCUAGUUCCAGAGAUCUUUGGGUGAAUGGUCUAUUCUUGGCAAGCUUAUCUUUCGCCCUCGCCACUGGACUCUGA